UCCACAUUUUUUCAUACCGCCCUGUAACCUCAUUUUCACCCCCUUCGAAAAGAUCCUGCUCUAGGUGCUUUUCAUCGCCUCCUACCCUCCACCCAUCUUUUUCAUCUUUUUCGAGCGAUUUUUUCCAUCUGGAUGACCUCGCUCGAUCAGUUCCCCUUGUUCCCGCGUUAAUCGGAUGCUGCGUUCCGAAGCUAGACUCCAUGCUCCGUGACGAGCUCCUACGAUCUAAAAACGAUGAGAUCGCAAACUGUUUGUCGCGCAGAAAGCGCAAGCUCAGCGCAUUGUAUCUAGCCACGGUCGGGUUUGGCGCGACCGAGGACGCUCAUUACCACCAGAAAGAACAGGCCUUUCUUGACGCCAAUGAUCUCUCCAAAGGUCGUUAUUUCAAUGAGGCUACUCUUCCACCGCCAACCCAUGCGCGCGCGCGCUCACCAAGUCAAAAUGCAAUUUCCCAGACCACAGCUUCCAGCGUCAGUGGUAAACCUGUCGCUGGGAUCACUCCACCCUUAACCGUCGAUGGCGGAGCUCUGCACGCGACCGAGCCUCAACAGCGCGACACACCCAUUCUAGACCAACCUCGGACCGCGACGAAUAAUCUUCCCCCUACCCCCGUGGAUACAACUGCAACACGUCGACCCUCAGUGCCAGCCAUCAGCCCUAAGCUGCCAACGGAUAUCAACGGGCCACCGAUCGCUGUCCAGUCACUCGACUCAUUGCGCCCCGACCAAAAAGGUGUGCUCACGACCAUGACGGAAAUCAGGCAAAGAUAUCCCCCCCAUGUGUCGAAGCCAGCUGCGACUGGAGUUCCAUCACUGGAGAUUCCCUCCGACCCUCUUCGAAAGAAACACGAAGCGCGACCCUCUCUUACCUUGGGAUCAUCUCAACACGAACAACCACCAUCACCCGCCUCCUCCAUUGACCCCUACAAUAAUAACACGCCUGUUCCAGUUGCCGCAUCACCUGACACAAGCCCCGCAGAAGAGGUGACUGAGGAUACUGAGACAAUCGAUCGCUCAAAACACAAGCAUGACCGAUCUGCCCAUGCCCGGCCGAGUUUGGUUCCCUUGACCCCAGACGAGCAAUUGCGCCUUGAAGAAGCUCAGUCGAAACCUGAGAAACCCGUUAAUGAUGUGAUUGCCGACCUACCUACAUCGAAGGAGGUGAUUUUGGAGAGCGUGGACACCGGGGCCAAUACAGAUCGCAUGGAUAUCGACCAGGAACCAGCCCCCGUCCCUUCCGAAGCGAAACCCCCCCAAGAAGCGGAGACGACUGUGCGGGACUCGUUAUCGCCAACCGCACAAGCUGAAGCCGCUGCAGAUUCAGCUGCAGAUUCAGCCGUCGAGACUCCCACAGCCAAAAAGCUUUGUAUCCCACCUACUCAACCUGGCUCAGCGCAACCGGAGCGCAUGACCACUCGGGUAUCAUCCGGAGCUAUCCGACACAAGUCUGUUUCCGAGAUCCUCGGAGAAACCCCUAAGAGUGUCGCUCAUGAUAGAAGCCAGCCCGCUACUCCGUCUGAUCAAGGCUCUCCUGAUUCUGUCGCAAGAAUGCGCUUUAAAGAUCGGAAGGAGCGGGAGAAGGAGAGAAGCCGACUCUCGACUGUGGUGUUUCCUAAGCAGCCGGCUCAGCAGGAGAAAGCUGAUAUGGACUUGACGCACCGAGACAUGGAUGCGGUUGCCAAGCUGAACGAGGAGCAAGACUAUCUUUUCACAUUAUUCUUGAACAGGGCGUACGCUCCUCCACGUGGAACGAACCUCAAUACUCUGCUGGCCUCUGCGCACAAGACUUUGAGUACCAGCAAUCAUCUGCUUGAAUACCAAGAACAGAUGGAUUGCCGUACUCUCCGGCGAAUCUAUGCCCUUCAAAAUGCCAACCGAUGGCCAUUGCGACAAUUAAAGCGCUCUGUUGAACCUCCCCGCCAGGGAACACAUUGGGACGUUGUUUUAGAUCACAUGAAGUGGAUGCGAACCGACUUCCGGGAAGAGAGAAAGUGGAAGAUUGCUGCUGCAAAGAGUUGUGCCGAUUGGUGCGCAGAAUAUGUUAACAGCGACGUGGAACAUCGGACAUUACUUCGUGUCCAAGUAAAGAUUCCAACGUCAACUCUGGCAGAGAAGGAUCCCUCUAAGGUGGGCCUCAGCCCACCAUCCGACGACGUUGGUGAUGAAGUGUUUGGUGUUUGUCAUCCCACCCCGGAGCUCCUCCCAUCGGCUGAGGAGGAAUCAGUCAGUGAUGGGUUCAACGAUGAGCCUCGUCACGACAUCCAUGACACAGUUGCUCCCGCUGCUAUUUUCUCCUUGGGCUCGGAUGAAUUCAACUUCUCACUUGACAUGACCCCUGCCGCUGAAAAGCUGUUAGACGAACUGCCGAUAUAUGGACCACUCCAGAUCGCCCCCGGAACGAACACACCGGCAUUCAAAGUGUCCCCUGACACAGUUUGGAAGACGGAACUACUACCCGUGUCCAAAUUUGCAUCGGCGAAGAUUACCUUCCAUGAUGACGACCAUCCUCGCAAGCGGAGCCGAUAUGACUACUCCCAGUACGGUGGUGAUUCGGACAAUCGGAUCACCGAAUUGGCACCUGAGCAGACAAACGUUGCGCUGUUUCGGCCAGAGAACAAGCCCAUCCGCGAUCGCAUUCACCCUGGUCAUCAGUUCCGGCCUCCGACUGAACACCCCAUGCCAUCCGUUGGUUUCUUUGAAUCGCGUUCGUCCUCGCAAUGGACUUACGCUGAGGAUGAUGAACUCCGACGCUUGGUCAAGGAGUACUCUUACAAUUGGUCUCUAAUUUCCAGUUGUCUUACCCCGUCAUCACUGUUCACCUCUGGUGCCGAGAGACGAACCCCUUGGGAAUGUUUCGAGCGAUGGGUUGGACUGGAAGGUCUUCCUGCUGAUAUGUCUAAAACUCAGUACUUCCGGGCCUACCACCAGAGGCUCGAGACUGCCCAACGCACUGUUUUGGCCCAACAGCAGGCUGCCCAGCAACAGCAGCAGCAACAGCAGCAGCAACAAGGCGCCAACGCUCAGCCUCAGCCACCUGUCCGCCGGAGGACUACUCAGCCUCUUCGGGUUGACCGGAGACGAUCUUCGAAGCAUCUUGCUCUGCUUGAUGCUAUGCGAAAGUUGGCCAAGAAGCGGGAAACUAUGCUUCAGAAACAGCAGCAUGCUUCCCACCUCGCUUCAUUACGAAAGGCCAAUGAGGCUAACCAGCCCAAGCCUCCGAUCUCGUCCCCAGCUGAGUUCAGCAGGUUGAAGUACGAUAGAGAGAUGAAGCUGCAGGAAAGACAGGAACAGUACCGCCAGCAAAUGAUUGCGCAGCAAAGGGCUAGUCUCGCAGCGCAGCGUUCCGGCCAAGUACCUAACCAACAGCAAAUGAUGAAUGCGCCGGGGCGUGGAACUCCGAACGGAAUGACCAACGGCAUGCCUCCUAGUGCCGGUGUCAAUCAAGCCCGCCCGCUUCCGAUGCAGAACAUGCCUAAUGGUGCACAGCCCAAUGGCCAGAUGCCUAAUGGAAUGGCCAUGAAGAUGAUGCCGCAAGCUCAAAUGCAACAGACACCAGGGGCACGACCGGGCCUGCCAAUGCAAGCCUCCCCUGAUAACACGCGCGUGAUUCGAGAAGCCAAUCGAUUGCAGGAGCAGCAGCGUCUUCUCCAGUCUCGGCAACAGCAGCCGCACCCCCUCAGCAGGGGGUCGCCGAACCUGAACAUGGCGAAUGUUAACGGUACUCCUAAUAACCCUGCUAUGAUGGCUGCCCUUCAGAACCAAGGGGGAAUGCAGAGUCCGUCGUUCCACGGUAGUACACCACAAGGCGUCUCGACCCCCUCGCCUCGUAUGGGCCAACCCAACCCUCUUUCGAGCGGUGUUGUGCCCCAAAUCAGCACCCUCCAAAGCCAGAUUCAACGCACGAACCCGAAUAUGCCCCCCGAGCAAGUGACGAAGAUGGCCACAGAUCGACUAAACCAGUAUCAACAGCAGCAGCAACAACAGCGCUUGUCCCAACAAGCAGCGAUGAAUGCUGCUGCAGGUAGCAUCAAUGCAAAUGCCGUUCAGGCUAACUACCAAGUUCCCCACGAGGCUAGUUUCCAGACUCCGAACGGCGGUUCUGCAAUGCAGGUCCCUCAGAAUCAAGGGUUCUCCCCAAUGAUGCGGGUCCCCCAGGCCGGUCAGCAAAACCGCGUUGGGCCGACUAGCUCGCCCGCCAUGAACGGUGCUGCACCCCUACCUAGUCGUAGCGCCACUCCUCAAAACCAGCGCAGCGGUAGUGCCCAAGCUGGCGCCGUUCAAGGUUCCAGCAAGAGCCCGCACGCUCCGGCAGCCCAGACCGCGACCAGCUAG